ACCAGACUUCCAAUUCUUUUUAACCAGGUACAUUAUUGAUUUAUCCAGUCUUCAUCUUCAUAAUGACCGUUCCAGAAGAAGUAGACGUCAUUAUAUGUGGUGGAGGAAGCACUGGCUGUGUGCCAGCUGGUCGACUCGCCAACCUGGAUCACAAUCUCCAGGUCUUGCUCAUUGAGGCAGGCGAGGACAAUCUGAAUAACCCAUGGGUUUAUCGACCGGGAAUCUACCCUCGUAACAUGAAGCUUGACUCCAAGACUGCUUCUUUCUACUAUUCCCGGCCAUCGGAGUGGUUGGAUGGACGUCGUGCGAUUGUCCCUUGUGCACACGUCCUUGGAGGUGGAAGUUCUAUUAACUUUAUGAUGUAUACUCGAGCAUCGGCAUCCGACUACGAUGAUUUCCAGGCCAAAGGCUGGACCACCAAAGACCUUCUACCACUCAUGAAAAAACAUGAAACCUAUCAGCGAGCGUGCAACAAUCCUGAUAUCCAUGGAUUUGAAGGUCCCAUUAAAGUUUCUUUUGGGAACUAUACGUAUCCGAUUAUGCAGGAUUUCCUUCGCGCGGCUGAGUCGCAAGGUAUUCCUGUGACGGAUGAUUUGCAGGAUCUUACCACUGGACAUGGUGCUGAGCAUUGGCUCAAAUGGAUCAAUCGAGACACUGGUCGUCGAAGUGAUGCUGCCCAUGCAUAUGUCCACAGUACUCGAGCAAAACACAGUAACCUACACCUAAAGUGUAACACAAAAGUUGACAAGAUUAUCAUUGAAAAUGGCAGGGCAGUGGGCGUAGUGACUGUGCCCACCAAGUGGGUUGGAGACGGCGAGCCUCCACGCAAAAUCUAUCGUGCUCGCAAACAAAUAAUCAUCUCCGGGGGUACUAUGAGCUCUCCACUAAUCCUGCAGCGGUCUGGAAUUGGUGAUCCCGAAAAGUUGCGUCGCGCAGGUAUCAAGCCGUUGGUUGAUCUGCCAGGUGUUGGUCUCAAUUUUCAAGACCAUUAUCUAACAUUUUCUGUCUAUCGGGCCAAGCCCGACACCGAGUCAUUUGAUGACUUUAUUCGUGGUGAUCCGCAGACCCAGAAGAAAGUUUUUGAAGAGUGGAAUACCAAAGGGACCGGUCCCCUGGCUACAAAUGGUAUUGAUGCUGGAGUGAAGAUUCGCCCGACUGAAGAGGAGCUAGCACAGAUUCGCAGCUGGCCUACCCCUGACUUUCAACGGGGAUGGGACAGUUACUUCAAGCAUAAGCCUGACAAGCCAGUCAUGCAUUACUCUGUGAUUUCUGGAUGGUUUGGUGAUCAUAUGCUGAUGCCGCCGGGCAAAUUCUUUACCAUGUUCCAUUUCUUGGAAUACCCGUUUUCUCGGGGUUGGAUACACGUCAAGUCCGCAGACCCAUACGAAGCACCGGACUUUGACGCCGGAUUCAUGAACGAUAAACGGGACAUGGCGCCCAUGGUCUGGGGCUAUAUCAAGUCUCGCGAGACUGCACGUCGAAUGGCCGCAUAUGCUGGUGAAGUGACGGGCAUGCAUCCUCAUUUUGCGCACGAUUCGCCGGCUCGAGCCUACGAUAUGGACCUGGAGACGACCAAGGCGUAUGCAGGUCCUGAUCACCUUAGUGCCGGAAUUCAACAUGGGUCAUGGUCAAGUCCUCUCGAACCAAGCAAGUCGCCUGUAGAAAACUAUCUUAACUCUAACAAACAAGGUACCCAUCCGGAAAUUCAGUAUAGUGAAGAAGACAUCAAGCACAUUGAAAAAUGGGUUCAACGACACGUAGAGACAACCUGGCAUUCCCUUGGUACCUGCAGUAUGGCACCCAGGGAAGGAAACUCCAUUGUCAAGCAUGGAGUCGUCGAUGAACGUCUCAAUGUUCAUGGUGUCAAGGGACUGAAGGUAGCCGAUCUCUCUAUUUGUCCGGAUAACGUCGGUUGCAACACUUUCAGUACUGCUCUUCUUAUCGGGGAAAAAGUCGCUGUGCUGACGGCUGAAGACCUGGGUUAUUCUGGAUCAGCACUGAACAUGAAGGUGCCUACUUACCAUGCACCAGGGGAGACUGUAAACCUUGCGCGGCUGUGAAAGGGAUGGAUUAUUUGAAUCUCUUAGUUUUUCUUUUCUUUUCGAAUAUUAGUCACUUCAGAUGAUAUUCAGAUUGACAAAACUUAGUACCAGUUGGAAUGUUUCCCUGCCUGCUAUCUGUUUUAUAUUCUAUUCAUGUCGAAUUUCAGUAGUAGUCUUCCGAUCAAAAGUUCACAUCAUACUUUGGACAAUAACAGUACAAAUAGUUCAUAAUAGCAAUUGCAUGGAGACAC